CACUGUUUUCUGUGUAGAUUUUCUGAGAAACCGUUGAAAACUUUGCCUAAACAUGCUAAAUCAGAAUGAGUAGGUCCAGCAUGUCCAUCAUCGAACAGCUGAGUGAUAGCGGAUUGUCAUGCAUGAUUGAUUUCCGUAACGAAGGACGCUUGUCACGCUAGAUAGCGCUACAAAAUUGGUUGUCUAUUUGAACGAUACUCCAUGUAUGGCUGUUUGGUGUCUGCCAUGUCAGCCACUCUGCCAUAUUUGUAAAUGGCAACAAUGUUUGAAUCUCAGCCAAAAUGCCCUGUUAGAGUAUUUCAUCACACUUUAAUGUUGGCUUAAAGCUUUCAAUCAGUGUGGAAUAUCAUCAGUCAUGAUGGGAUCUAAUAGAGCAUCGGGGAACACCCUGGUUGCAUUUGAAGAUGAUCUCAAUUCCAUUGUUAAAGAGUAUUUAGAGUUCUGCAGCUUCAAGACGACAUUGAAAUCAUUUGAGUCAGAAGCCAGAGAGAGAGGUAAACAUUUGAAACCUCUUCCCAAGAGACCAUGGGAUAUGAAGAAGAAGGACUUACAGUCCAACUUGCUGUCGCUUUUUAAAGCUGGUUCCCGUAAGGAGUUCUUCCAACUCUGGGAUGAGAACAUUCCUGAGAGUGUAAAGGCCAAUGACCCUGUCUGCAAGAAGCUAGAGUUUUAUCUUAGUAUCUACUUUGCAAUCUACCCCAUCAAAUACCAACUCACCACAGGCAAAAAGAGCAAGAUCAAAGUGGAGGACUCCAUGUUAGCUUUCAAGACCUUCUUGGAAUCGCGUGGAGCUGUGCUGAGCCAAACCACAGAAUUUCUACCGUUCUAUGCCCUUCCAUUUGUUCCAGACCCAACUAAGCACCCUUCCUACAAGGAACUGUUUCAAGACUCCUGGGUGCCAGACUUACAGAUUCGUCUGGAGAAAUUUUUGAUGUUGACAUUGCCAGCCCAUCCGCAGCCUAGGCUGUUUGAGAUCUAUCAAGACCUAAAUAACAAAAAUGCGGAACAAAUGAACCAAAUACAGCAGAACUUGGUGGAGGCAGAGAAGCGAUGUAUGACUUACAUCAAACGCUACAACAAGUUGCAGGCGGAUUACCACAAUUUGAUAGGAAUUACUGCAGAGCUUGUCGACUCUUUAGAAAGCUGUAUCAAUGGUGAUCCGGUCACACCUGAAUAUUUACAGACGGUUUGCCAGAGAUUGUUCUCCAAUCAACUUCGUGAAUCUGUGGAUGUCAACAGACCAUCCACCGCUGGAGAAAUGUUCCGUGCCUCAUUUGCACCUCCAAGUCCAAUUCCUGAGGAAAGAAGUAAGGAGGAUGUACCAUUGUUACCAUCACUAGACUACGAGAGAGUGAAAAAUGAUAUGAUCAAUGCUCCAUCUAGACAACGAGAACUAUUGCUACAAGCUCUAAGAUGGCGUUUGACACGGAGUGAACCUGGUGAGCAGAGAGAUACAGUACUAGCCGCCUACAUCCAGCAUGACUUGUUAGGAUGUGCCGAGGACACUGACCAUAGGGAUGCUGUAAUGGAUUCACUGAAGUCUGGUGAUGAGGUGACACAGCAGUAUAUGGCUAGACUCUUCAAUGCAUUUGCUUCGCUCUCAUCAGGGAGGAACUAUCUUGGGAAGAAUGAGAAUCUUGUAUCUAUCCUUCAGAUGGCCUUGCAAUCAGAAGACAAGGAUCCUAUCACCAGAGAGAAUGUACUAGGUGCAUUGCAGAAACUCAGCCUCAAACGUCAUCUACAAACAUCAAUGAUUAAUGCAGGAAUUAUCAAAUGGUUGAUUAGUGUGCUAGAGGAUAGUGACUCCUUGUCUGAUUAUACCCUGGAGUAUUCUGUGGCUCUUUUGAUGAACCUGUGUCUCAGAACAGCGGGAAAGACGAAAUGCAUCAGCGAUAAAGCCAACAUACUGAAGGUUCUGAGUGACUUGUUGGGUCACGAGGAUCAAGAGAUCCGUCCUUAUGUUAAUGGAACCCUGUAUAGCAUCCUUUCUGUGCAAGAAAUAAGAGAAGAAGCAAAGGCAAUGGGGAUGGAGGAGACUUUGAAAUGUUUCAUCAAAGAGGAUACACCUGAGAUGAACCGACAGAUUCACUUCAUUAUCAAACAACUAAACACAGAUGUCGUUACCGAAGAUGUUGAAUCAGACGAUGAAGAAGAGGAAGAGGAAGGAGAAGAGGAUCAAGACCAAGAUGCAAUGGAAGCAGACUUGGACAAAGCAGAAGCCAUUAAAGCCAAGCCAGGAGAAUUAGCAGGAGAGAAACUGCUCAGUACAGAGUACCUAGGGAUGCUGACCAAUGCUCAAUAUCUUUGCCUCUCUGAGGACAAGGGUGCUGCAAUGGAUGAGAAGCCAUUUUCAAGACCAGAAUCAGAACGCCAGUCUGCGACAACCUCAGUGCAACGGUCAGCUGCCUCAGAGCGACACUCAGCCGUCGAUGUCUCUGAUGGACAGAACAUUCCUGUAGCAGGCAGUAAAUCCAAUGAACAGGUUGUCAGACCACCAACUCGGAGUGGUAGUCAUAGCAGUCAACAUUCACAUCUAGCUGUCGCUGCAGCUGGAGACUCAAAUGAAUUGGAACUUGACAAAGGCAAGACAGUUUCAAGAGAAACUGUGGACAACAAAACAGUGCGAAAUCCAUCAACUAAACCAGUAAACAGUGCCAAUGGACCAAGUAGCGCAAAGUACAUGAGUGAGUAUGAGUUAGCCUUUGCCAGUCGACCCAAGAUUCCUCGUGAUUCCAUCUCUUCCAAGGGGCGACCUAGUAGUCGUGGAAUGACCCCUCCCCCUGCACCAAAGGCUUCUGGGUCUCCUCCCUUGAGUAGGCCAAACACAGGAGGCAGUAGACAAACCAAAACGGGUAGCAGAUCUGACGCUAGAAAUACAAGUCUUCCUCCGGUUGAGAAUGUGGAGUUGGAUUACCAAGCUCUGAAUAGACCUCGUAGCAGCGCUAGUGUUUUAUCAGUUAUGAGUUCAGUCUCUCUACACAUUGGUAGCGGUUCCUCUGACCAUCCAUCCAGGGAGCCGAGUGGAUUAGCAUCAGUGAAAAAUAUGUCAUCAUUGAAACAAACAGGCUCAGGACACUAUGGAUCAGGUUCGUCAAGAAGUAGAAAGAAAUGAGCUGAGGAAAAGCUGAGGAUGGAAUAAGCUUUUUCUUCUCCAAAAUCUGAGCAGUACUUAAUCAUGUUUCAGUAAGAGAGAUGCAUACCUAUGUGUGAUUUAUACAUGUGACAUACACUGGUGAAAAAAUAUCAGUAUUAUGUUAUUGACAAUAUAAAUGUCCAGUGAAUCACCUUCCGCAAUGAAAAUGUCUUCAGACUUGGAGAUUUUAUGUCUGAUUAAAGUUACUGACAGAGACCAGGUUUAUUUCAAGGUAUUAACUAGCACUUAACUGUUAUGUUAUACUUAUUAAUUUUACAUGACAUGAUCCGUGUGUCCAACAAGUAAGUUCUGUCUUAACUAUGCUUUGCUGCCAGUGCGUUAACUGUAUUCAUGUUGGUAUAUGUAAGUACACUUUCACACAGAACUUGAUGUAACACUGAAUGCAGACAAAACCCGUCUGUACUUAUGGCUGCCGAAUAAAUUGUACAAUUUAUUUGUAAAAAUAAUCUUUUGGUUGUGUUUUGACAUUGUAAUGUCCUUCUCUCUGUCAGUAACUUGGGCUUAAAAGAAGAUUACAGAGACAGUACCAGGUAUGAGGCAGUGUUUGGUACAUCUCCUUCCACAUAAUAUUUUGAAGAGAACGGUUAUCAAUGAAUUUUGUAGAAGUGAAACUUUUUCUGUUGCUGAUGUGUGCUAGUUUCAAUACACUGAUUCGUAGAUUUCUGGGGAGCUUUGAGUGUAUGCCUUGGUAGGUAUUCACAUCCUGCUGAUAUGCUCCUCACAAAAUCGCUUUUGUGUGGAACUUGUCCCAAUGGAUUUUUCCUGUGUGACCGUCGCUUUGCCAAUAAAUGACCUUAGCUGGAUCCAUUGUACGUGCUAACAAUGACACCUUCUCUGCCAAUGGCGGAAGCAAUCCACAUUUUUUCGUGCAGCCGGAGUACUGUAUUACAGUUGAUAUAUGGAGAUCUAUUACUUGGAAAUGUUUGUCACAAUUAGAAAUGUAUAUCAUUGUUUGCCUUGAACAAAAGACAAAUUCUUGUAUGUAUAAAGUAUGUUUUACAAAAUCAAUUUAAGUGACUUAUUGACUGCCUGUAUUGAAUUUCAUGCAGGCGUGUAUAUAAUUGUCUUCGUUUCCAACACAAGCCUAUAACCUUUCAGGCAGGUACUUGUACACCGUUUGGAGAUGUUAUAUUUUAUCAACUUCCUCUUUAGGAAAGUCUUUUUAAGAAAGCAUUCAACCUCGAAAUUCAUACCUUGAAUUCACACCUUUGUUUCUGUGGUUUUUUUCAUCAUAUGACUGAAAAACAGGGAAAACCAAAUGCAGAUCAUUUGGAGUUUUUUUAGGAUUUCAGAAAUUAAAUGUAGGAUGGUUCAUAUUUUUUUGAUUCAGUGUUAAUUUCUCAUGUUCCUCAAGGAAUGAGUAAAGGAAAAGGACUUUGUUGUAUGGUCAGUAUUGUAAGUCAUGCACUGCGAACAUUACACAGAAACAGUGGUAUAGUUCCAGGAACAAUAGUUGAAGGCCUCCAGCUUUUGUCUUUUCCAUUGUAUUCCUGUAUAAAUAAUGAACCUUGUUCUGUCACUGUGCUGCUGUGAAUUUACUUAUUUAUUUUUGUGUUGGCAGUCACAAGCCACCAUACAGAUACACUUUACAUGGAAUAAUAUCCCAUCACCUUGCUGUAGCAUUUAUUAGGCAUCAGCUUCACACAUUACGGUAGAAAAUUAAUUAAUCAAUUAAUUAAUCAAGCUGGACAACCAGUCUUCACUAUACAGUACUACUACUAACUAUUCGUGAUAUAAUAAAGACAUUUUCCAAACUGGGCUAUUCUGGUUGUAUA